CGGGGCCGUGGGCGGGAGCGGCGCGCGUUCCCGGAAGCGGAGCAUGGCGGCGGGUGCGGGCGGGCUGCUGGCGGCCGCGCUGCUGUUGGCGGUGGCCGGGCCGUGCCCGGCGCCCGCCGAGCUCACCGACGGCAACAGCGAGCACCUGAAGCGGGAGCACUCGCUGAUGAAACCGUAUCAAGGCGCGGGCUCCGCCGCGAUGCCGCUGUGGGACUUCCAGGGCAGCACCAUGGUCACCAGCCAGUACGUCCGCCUGACGCCCGACGAGCGCAGCCGGGAGGGCUCCAUCUGGAACCGUGUGCCCUGCUUCCUCAAGGACUGGGAGCUCCACGUCCACUUCAAGAUCCACGGGGCUGGCAAGAAGAACCUGCACGGGGACGGGCUGGCCCUGUGGUACACGCAGGAGCGGCUGGUGCCAGGUCCUGUCUUUGGCAGCAAGGACAACUUUCACGGACUGGCUAUUUUCCUUGAUACGUAUCCCAACGAUGAAGCAACAGAGCGCGUGUUCCCCUACAUCUCCGCGAUGGUGAACAAUGGCUCCCUGACGUAUGACCACAGCAAAGAUGGGCGCUGGACGGAGCUGGCGGGGUGCACCGCCGACCUUCGGAACCAGAACCACGACACUUUCCUGGCAAUUCGGUACUCCCGGGGCCGCCUGACGGUGAUGACGGACGUGGAAGACAAGAACGAGUGGAAGAACUGCAUUGACAUUGCAGGGGUGCAGCUGCCAACUGGCUACUUCUUCGGUGCCUCUGCCGGCACUGGAGAUUUGUCUGACAAUCACGACAUUAUCUCGAUGAAGCUGUUCCAGCUCAUGGUGGAGCAUCCUCUAGAAGAUGAGAGCGUUGACUGGACCAAGAUUGAGCCUAGUGUCAGCCUCCUUAAAUCACCCAAAGACAAUGUGGACGACCCAACGGGGAAUUUCCGAAGCGGGCCUCUGACGGGCUGGAAGGUGUUCCUGCUCCUGCUCUGCGCGCUGCUGGGCAUCAUCGUCUGCGCCGUGGUGGGAGCUGUGGUCUUCCAGAAGCGCCAGGAGCGGAAUAAGCGUUUCUACUAGCACAACGCCCGGGCCUGUGCCCAAACCCAUUUUUUUCUAUGGGGAGCUGUAAAAACUGUGGUUUCUAAAAGCUGUUUCUGAGAAAUACCAGAAGUAUUUUCUUAUCUGUCUGUUUGGCUGUUGGACUGAGGGGGGUGAUUCCCGCCGCAGAAGAGCCCCUUGCCCCCGGGCUGUGGUGCAAGGGGGGGGCCUGGAGGUCGCUCCCCUUGUUUUUCCAGCGCUCCCUCUGCUGGAUGAGACCUGUGGCAGGGAGGGCGAGCGGCGGUGGCUGUGAAUGUUGGGGGCUGUGGGGCAUUAAAGGACUGACACCA